ACAUUUAUUUUGAUUGGAAUGGAAGGAUAAUAAUAUCAGAUAGGAGCAGAAAGACUAUCUUUAUAGGUCUGCUGGUUACCUCAGUGCUGGGAACACUCAGCUUCCUGGCUCUGAGAAAGACUCUUCCAACAGAGGAGGAGAUGCUCAACGAGGAGGAAGGCCAGCCUUUGCUCUCAUCUCGCAUGAUGUAUAAGCAAAGAGCAAACUCUGCAGUACAAGAUGCAAAGUCAGAAUUCAAGACGAUCCUGCAACUGCUCAAAACCAAAACCAUAUUGCUCCUGAGCUGUUGCAUGGCAUACAGUGGACUGGAGCUAUCUUUCUACAGUGGUGUGUAUGGGACAUGUAUCGGGGCAACAACAGAGUUUGGAGCGGCAGCUAAAGGCUUGAUUGGGAUCUCUGGAAUCGUGGUGGGGAUUGGAGAGAUAGUUGGUGGAGGCGUCUUUGGACUAGUAUGUAAGAAUAACCGCUUCAGACGGACAUCUGUGGUCUUCCUGGGGAUGGUCGUCCAUUUUGUCGCCUUCUACUUGAUCUACCUCAACAUCCCAGAUGAUGCCCCUGUGGUUUUAAAAACUAGCACACUGAACAAGCCAUAUCUGACACCAAGUAUCUCCAUCGCAUUGCUGUGUAGUUUCCUGCUUGGACUCGGUGACAGCUGUUUCAACACUCAACUGUACAGCAUCUUGGGGCGUGUUUAUGCUGAGCAAAGCGCGCCUGCUUUUGCCAUCUUCAAAUUCAUCCAGUCCAUUUUUGCAGCAGUUGCCUUCUUCUACAGUGGCUACUUGCUGUUCACAACUGGCAACUGCUCAUUAUGGUCAUCCUGGGUUUCAUUGGGUUAUUAUUUAAGAUGGUCUCAUUGUUGCAAAUUCUGUGGUAGUGUUAUAAUACAUCAUACAUUUCAUAACUUGAUGGAAUUGUUUUGCAUACUAAACAGAAGAAAUAUUAAUAUUGAUGCUUAUAUAAUCUUACAGUUUCAGAAAAUGUUAUUAGUGACAAAAACACGCUAGCUACAGUAUGUACGG